AUGUCUAACGAGCCAAAGGUCAGCAUCAAGAAACCAGAAAGACUUCCGCUGUUUAUAGAACGUUUUCAUAUAGCUCAUGGGGCUAGUAACUUCUAUAGCAACUUUCAUGUGACAGGAGUAUACAAUAAAUCUUUGGAUACCGUUCUUCUAUCAAAUGUGUUACGUACGAUGAUAGGGAGAUACCCUGUUUUUGCGUUGACUAUCAACAGAUCCAAGCGCAGUACUGGGAGGGAGAUUGAAAGGGAUAUCAAGUACGAUUAUAAGAACUACAGAGUCAGUCCGGUAGAAAUAAUUGAAUUCAAAGAUGUAGUAGAAGUAGUGGAUAGAAAUUAUUCUACUUUAGAACUUAAUUAUAUUAAUAAUACGCUAAUUGAAAAUGACACCAACAAAGUCACUUGGAGAGUGAUUCUUUAUGCCGAUAAUUACCUUACGUUUUAUAACAACCAUACUUUUUUUGACGGAGAAGCAGGUGCCAACUUUCAUAAAGAGGUACUAAGCAUCCUUGAUGAACUCGAUGGUACAAAAUUGGACUUUCAAGAAUGUUUGUUUGAGUUUGGCCACAACUUUCAUUUUCCAUUACCUUUAGAUCAGAUGACUGACAUACACAAACUGAACAUAUUCCUAAAAACGAAGCUUGUAAUAAGGGAAUUAUGCCCUGAAAUGGUGAAAAAUAUCGUUUCUAGAGCUACUGAUGGGACUUAUCCAAACUUCAUCAAAUUUCCAUUUUUUAAAUCCAAGUACAUGAAAACUUACAAGACCAAUUUGAAACUCAUUAAGAUAGACGAUGUCACCAUGAAGGGUUUGGUGAAAAAUUUGAGGAGUGAAGGAACAACACUUACAUCAUUUUUGACUGUAGCUGUAAACUAUUGUCUCCAGAGAACCAUGAAGGUCACUCUUCAGAAACCCAAAUCGACUGUUAGCGCUAUAGAUAUCAGUGGCAGGAGAUAUCAUCCGGAGUUGAAGUCUGAAUUGAAGUUUUCCAAUUUCGUAACGUUAUUUGAAUGGAAAAUGAAACCUUUGUUCGAGCUAGAGGAAAUACUACCUGAACUGAAGAGGCUCAAUGUAUCUCUAAAUAAGGAAAUCAAGUCUCAAAUAGGUUUCAAAUGGUUAGGUCUUCUAAACCUUACAAAAAUCAGAGACGUAGUAAAACCAAACAAAACUCAUAUUAAACAGCCAUAUAUAGUUGAAAUUUCAAAUUUGGGGUACCAUGAAUUCUCCAAUGGUCCUUGGAAUGUCAGAGAUGUCAUAUGUAGUCAAUGUCUUGGAGUGAGUGCAACCUUUAGCCUCACAAUAGUGAGUUGCAGCACUGGUAUGAAUAUAGGGUAUGCAUUUUUGGACGAGUUUCAAAAUUAUCCCCAUGAGGAAUUCAUUCACCUGCUUCAAUAUGUGAUCAAUCAGUUUGCUUGUAAGUGA